AUCCAGAAUGCUAAUGACGUGCUAAUAGCACCACUGGAGAAGUUCCGAAAAGAGCAAAUAGGAGCAGCAAAAGAUGGGAAGAAGAAGUUUGACAAGGAGAGCGAGAAAUAUUAUUCCAUCCUAGAGAAGCACUUAAAUUUAUCAGCAAAGAAAAAAGAAUCUCAUUUGCAAGAUGCAGAUACACAGAUUGACCGAGAACAUCAAAACUUUUAUGAAGCAUCAUUAGAAUAUGUUUUUAAAAUUCAAGAAGUACAGGAGAAAAAGAAAUUUGAAUUUGUUGAACCCCUUUUGGCAUUUCUUCAAGGAUUAUUUACGUUUUACCAUGAGGGAUACGAACUGGCUCAGGAGUUUGCACCAUACAAGCAGCAGCUGCAGUUCAAUUUACAGAAUACCCGAAAUAACUUUGAAAGCACUAGGCAGGAAGUGGAGAGACUCAUGCAAAGAAUGAAAGCAGCCAACCAGGAUUACAGACCACCCAGUCAGUGGACGAUGGAAGGCUAUCUCUAUGUGCAGGAAAAACGACCACUUGGAUUUACAUGGGUAAAACAUUACUGCACUUAUGAAAAAGGAACAAAGACGUUUACAAUGUGUAUAACUGAAACAAAAUCUGGCGGAAAAGUGGACUCCAUUGGUGACUGGCUUCCAGCUGGGAUUUGUGUGGCAGACUACAACCCUGUGAGCUCAGCAGUUCAGCCAAUUUUCAGUCCACUUCAUCAGUCUGUCUUCUAUGCAUAUAUUUUUGAUAGACCUGGAAUCAUCACGCUCCAAGCUUUUUCAGAAUCCAACCGAAAACUUUGGCUUGAAGCUAUGGAUGGAAAGGAACCAAUUUAUACACUGCCAGCCAUCAUUAGCAAGAAGGAAGAAAUGUUCUUAAACGAAGCAGGUUUUAACUUUGUGAGGAAAUGUAUUCAUGCUGUAGAAACAAGAGGUAUUACAAUCCUGGGGCUGUACAGAAUAGGUGGUGUAAACUCCAAAGUGCAAAAGCUCAUGAAUACCAUAUUUUCCCCUAAAUCUCCUCCUGAUAUGGAUAUUGAUAUGGAGCUUUGGGACAAUAAAACAAUAACAAGUGGACUAAAAAACUACCUCAGGUGUCUUUCAGAACCAUUGAUGACUUUCAAGCUGCACAAAGAUUUUAUUGUUGCUGUUAAAUCAGAUGAUCAGAACUACAGAGUUGAGGCAGUGCAUGCACUUGUUCACAAGUUACCAGAGAAGAAUAGAGAGAUGCUGGACAUCCUUAUCAAGCACCUGGUCAAGGUAUCAUUACACAGUCAGCAAAAUCUUAUGACUGUAUCCAACCUUGGGGUUAUCUUCGGACCAACUCUGAUGAGAGCCCAAGAAGAAACCGUGGCUGCUAUGAUGAACAUUAAAUUUCAGAAUAUCGUCGUUGAAAUUCUGAUAGAGCAUUAUGAAAAGAUAUUUCACAGUGCACCAGACCCCAAUAUUCCUCUUCCCCAACCACAGUCCCGCUCAGGUUCAAGAAGGACAAGAGCAAUUUGUCUCUCCACAGGUUCACGUAAACCUAAAGGAAGAUACACACCUUGUCUGGCAGAUCCUGAUAGUGACUCCUACAGCAGUAGCCCAGAUAGCACCCCCAUGGGCAGCGUCGAGUCUCUCUCUUCUCACUCUUCAGAACAGAACAGCACCAGCAAGGGUGCACCCUCGCAGCCCAGGGAGAAAUCGGGAGGGAUCCCAUGGAUUGCUUCUCCCCCCUCUUCUAACGGCCAGAAGAGUUCAAGCCUCUGGACUACAAGUCCAGAGUCUUCAUCCAAGGAGGAUGCAACAAAAACAGAUGUGGAGUCAGACUGCCAAAGCAUAGCUUCUGUUACUGGGCCUGAGAGUGCCUCUUCACCGACAGAUCUGGCCAAAAAGGGUUCUUACGGUCUGUCUGGCCUGAAAAGAUCAUCAGCUUCUUCCCUCAGAUCAAUUCCAUCGGCUGAAGGUAACAAAAGCUGCAGUGGAUCUAUACAGAGCUUAUCUUCCAUAGAAACCAAAGAUAUACCAAAGGCUUCACCAAACCCUGAUUUGCCACCAAAAAUGUGCAGGAGAUUAAGAUUAGAUACUGCAUCAAGUAAUGGCUAUCAAAGACCAGGAUCUGUAGUGGCUGCAAGAGCCCAGUUGUUUGAAAGUGCUGGUUCAUUUAAACAAGUUUCUUCAGGACGGUAA